AUGGCCAAGAUCAUUGUGCUCCAUCCUGAUGCUUCUAAGCUAAGCUCGAUAGCGACGAAGAUCAACGCUUUGAACAAGAAGUCUGGCCCGUUCGACCCUAUCAUCCUCAUAGGAGAUGCCCUUCCUGAGGAGGAGGAGACGCUGUCUACGGUGAGGUUUGAGCCCCAGAUUCUGUGUGCUCCUGGCUCACAGUCGUUGAAGUACGUAGGAGAUGAUCACAGAGAGCUUGAAGGUUCCAACAUUUCGUACUUGGGGAAAUACGGGACGCUUACAAAGGCAGAUGGAAUAACAAUCGCAUUCGUCACUGGAGAUGAAAAGGUCCUGGACGACGAGAUGGAGCAGAUUCUCCAAGAUCUCAGGGGAAAGAAAGUUGAUGUGCUGAUCACAUACCAAUGGCCUUAUGCAAUUGCCAAUGAGAGAGAGUUGUUCUUUGGAAAUACAAACAUCGAUAGAAUAGUCAGACAGACACAACCACAGUACCAUUUCGCAGUUGGAUCCAACGUUGGAAAGUUCUUUGAGCGCCCACCAUUCCAAUGGAGCGACUCUUUGACGAAUACGAGGUUCAUAUCCUUGGGAGAAUUCGAAUCUGGCGAUAAGUGGAUCUACGCGUUCAACAUCAACGCUACCCAGGAGCUGAAACCACCAGCAAAUUUAACACCAAAUCCUUUCGAAACAGAGGAAGUUACUCAACCGAAGAAACGUGUCUUUGAGGAGCCUUUAGCUGAUGAUACAUCGAAGAAGAUAAGGCUCAGGAAAGUCGUCUCACCGGAGAACUGUUUCUUCUGUCUAUCGAAUCCGAAGUUGGAAUCUCAUAUGAUAAUAUCUAUUGGAGAACAUGCAUACCUAACCAUAGCAAAGGGCCCAUUGACUCGACCAACACGGCUCAUGAACUUUUCUGGUCAUUGUAUUAUCAUUCCAGUUGCUCAUAUACCAUCGCUGGACUCAUCCUACGACAACAAGUCUGUUGUCGAAACACCUCUCUACAACGAGAUCAUGAGGUAUCAAGUGUCACUUGUCAAGUUCUUUGAUUCCUUUGAGCUUGCAACGGUGUUUUUCCAGAUCAACAAAGCAGAUUCUGUGCAUUUCCAUAUACAAUGUUUUCCCAUCCCAGCAGACUUUCUCACAAAGUUCUCAUCAGUAUUGGAAAGAAAGUCAAAGUACAACAACGAGAAGCUGAUACAGAACACCAAGCUCAUGUUUCAGAAGUUUGAGGAUACCGAGGACCCCAAAUACUUGGAGUUCAUCGACUCCAAGAAGGACUACAUCAGUUUCACGUUGUUCAACAGAUCAAUAUCCAAACAGGAGGUAUACAUCACUUAUAUCGACUGUUCAAAGUCCCUGGACUUGCAGUUUGGAAGACGAGUGUUGGCAGACUUGUUACAAACACCAAAGAGAAUCAAAUGGGACAAGUGUAAACAGAGUAGAACAGUUGAAGAACAAGAGACCGAGGCUUUUAAAGAGAAGUUCAAAUCGUACGAUUUCACCAUGGAGGGUUGA